GGCAGAAAAGGUCUGAGAGAGGGGCUUACUUGGAUGAAUGAGUGAAAGUAAAGCAGACGUGAUGGAGGAGAGACACAUGGAGGACUGGAUAAAACAGACGCAUGGGAGACCCACAAUGGGCUCUUGCUAGUAGGAGAACCCUUCCUCAAGCAGGGGAUGGAUGAACAAUGGGGUGGACAGGAUGGGAUGGGAAGGGAAGGGUCUUCUCAUCCACAUGGACGGAAUGUCUGGAUGGCCACCUUCCUGUGUUUGAUCAUUUUUCUCACCACCUUGGGGAACACCUUGCUGAUUCUCCUCAUCUUCACCCAGAGGUCAUUGAGGAACACCUCUAACUAUUUCCUGGUAUCCCUCUUCAUGUCGGACCUCAUGGUGGGACUGGUGGUGAUGCCACCCGCAAUGCUAAACGAACUCUAUGGCCAUUGGGUCUUGGAUGUAAACUUCUGCUGUAUCUGGUACUCAUUUGAUGUCAUGUGCUGUAGUGCCUCCAUCCUUAACCUCUGUGUCAUCAGCUUGGACAGGUACCUACUCAUCAUCUCCCCUCUCAAGUACAAGCUCAGGAUGACCUCCUGUCGAGCCCUCGGCUUGAUUUUGGCCACCUGGACCUUGGCCGCAUUGGCCUCCUUCCUGCCUAUCGAGAUGGGUUGGCAUGAACAGGACCUUGUUAUACAGUCCAGGAACCUGACCUCUGAGCCCCAGGAGAAGCAAUGUCGUCUGCUGGUCAGUUUACCCUAUGCCCUGGUUGCUUCUUGUCUUACCUUUUUCCUUCCAUCAGCAGCCAUCUCCUUCACGUACUGCAGGAUCCUCCUGGCUGCCAGGAGGCAGGCUGUCCAAGUGGCUUCUCUGACGACUAAUGUGCCAAAUCUAUCUGAAGAACAUGCCCAGGUUCUCACGGUACCUGUUGUGGAGAGCAGAAAAUUUGUCACAAAGCACAGUAAAAAGGCACUGAAAGCCAGCUUAACCCUGGGAAUCCUGUUGGGCAUGUUCUUUGUGGCCUGGCUACCAUUUUUCGUUGCCAAUGUGGUCCAGGCGGUCUGCGAUUGUGUGCCUGCGGGGCUGUUUGAUGUCCUUACCUGGCUCGGAUACUGCAACAGCACAAUGAACCCCAUCAUUUACCCGCUCUUCAUGAGGGAUUUCAAACGGGCCAUGGGUAAAUAUCUACCCUGCUGCCGACGAACUCGUGUCAUCUCCCUGUCUAUGCGCAAUUCGAACAGUGCACCACGGCUGGGUCUAUCGCUGCGCAAUGUCCUGACACUGCGGGGAGAGACCGAUUCUAUGUAUUCAGCCACCAUGGGCAACGAGCACCUUCUGCCAAACGACAAAGACCACAGUACGGACCCCCUGCCGGUAACGGCUGCUGACUCUGUCAAUCUGUUCGACUUAGAGCAGGAAAUGCAGAUUCACCACCUCAACACCCCCAUGGAUUAA